AAAGCAAUCAAACACAAACUUCUCACUAGCAAAUUAAAUCCCAGAGUUACAGAUCGCACUGCAACCCUCUUUUCUUUGUAGUAAUUGCUUUCCUCACAAAAAUGGCGGGUGGUGGUUUUAAACAUUUCAUUUUAGUGUUUCUUCUGUUUGCCACGGCAACCACAUUGGUGCAAGGCCAAGGCACCCGUGUUGGGUUCUAUUCACGCACAUGUCCUAGUGCUGAAUCCAUUGUUAGGUCAACUGUUCAAUCCCAUUUCCAGUCUAACCCUGCAAUUGCCCCAGGCUUGCUGAGGAUGCACUUCCAUGACUGCUUUGUCCAUGGCUGUGAUGCCUCUAUCCUCAUUGACGGCCCUAACACUGAGAAAACUGCCGGUCCAAAUCGUUUGAUAAGAGGCUAUGAAGUUAUUGAUGAUGCCAAGACACAACUCGAAGCAGCAUGCCCCAGGGUGGUCUCAUGUGCUGAUAUUCUUGCCCUUGCUGCCCGUGACUCCGUGGUUCUGACAAGUGGACGAAGCUGGCAGGUGCCUACUGGACGCAGAGAUGGGAGUGUUUCAUUGGCAUCUGAUACCUCUAAUUUGCCUGGUUUCAGGGAGUCCAUCGAUUCACAGAAACAAAAGUUUGCUGCUUUUGGUCUCAACACUCAGGACCUCGUUGCCCUGGUUGGAGGACACACCAUAGGAACUUCAGCUUGCCAGUUAUUCAGGUAUAGGCUAUACAACUUCACCGCCAAUGGUCCUGACCCCACAAUCGACUCUACUUUUGUCUCUCAACUACAAUCACUCUGCCCUGAAAACGGAGACGCCAGUAGGCGCGUUGAUCUUGACACUGGCAGCGGCAACAGAUUCGAUACAUCUUUCUUCACCAACCUGAGAAAUGGCCGUGGAAUACUAGAGUCUGAUCAGAAGUUGUGGACUGAUGCUUCAACAAGACCCAUCGUCCAACAAUUCUUGGGUGUGCGAGGGUUGCGAGCACUGAACUUUAACGUGGAAUUCGGGAGGUCGAUGGUGAAGAUGAGUAACAUUGGAGUGAAGACAGGAACUGAAGGCGAAAUUCGCAGAGUUUGUUCUGCUAUAAACUAAUUAAUAAUUCGGAGUCUAUGUUAAAGCAUGGAAGUAACUAUUUGUUCAUUAUGGGCGUAAGCUUAAAUAUGAAUAACAAUUCCCGCUCUGGUUGACCACAGAAGCAUUGAUGCAGACAGUCUAAGUUUGACUGUUUGAAUAAUUUGUAUUCUAUACAUGUAUGAUGUAUCUGAAUGGAAUAUAAUUUAUUUGAGUAA